CUCAGAACUGCAAGACGCUGAUAUUGCUUUACAGUGUAGCAAAAUGGCGGCUGUCAUUCAGAACCCACUAAAAGCGGAACGGCCCAUGACCCGCCAUCCCUGAUUGUAUGCCGACAGAGCAGUACAGAGGAUGAAGAGGUUGGGUGACCAGUUCUACAAAGAGGCCAUUGAGCAGUGCCGCAGCUACAAUGCCCGCCUGUGUGCCGAGCGCAGCGUGCGCCUGCCCUUCCUGGACUCCCAGACCGGUGUGGCACAGAACAACUGCUACAUCUGGAUGGAGCGCCACCAUCGCAGCCCUGGGGUGGCUGCAGGUCAGAUGUAUACAUACCCUGCCCGCUGCUGGAGGAAGAAGAGACGGCUGCACACCUCCAUGGACCCUCGUCUACGCCUCUGUGGCCUACAGCUAGAUGGAGGACUCCCAGGCAAGGAUACGCUUCCCACACAGGACACCACACUGGAGGCUCUUCUUAGAGGGGAGGGCCUAGACCAGAGGACCAACUCUAAGGAUGAGGAGAGUCUGCUAGAAAUCCAGAGGGUGUUGGAGGCUGACGCAGCUGAAGGUGCAUACAAUGACGAUGACUAUGAAGUGGACCCCCCAAAAAAAAGACACAGAGGAAAAGGCAGAGGUCGGGGUUCAGGCCGCAGGAGGACAGAGAUGGAUGACCAGGACAAGCCAUACCGCUGUGACAGCUUAAAAAUCCUUAUUGAACCUGUCUCCCUCCCUUCAUUGACACCGAGUGAAGAAGAUUUAACAGUCUGUGGGAAGCGCUACAAAAACCGUACGGGGCUGAGUUACCACUACACCCAUUCCCACCUGGCAGAGGAGAGGGGGUCCGAGUCCUCCCGGUCACCCUCCACACAACGCUCCGACAGACACAAACGUCAGAAGGGCCCAGGUGGGUCUGCCAGUACCAAUAACUACUGUAACUUGUGCCGGUGCACACCAGGCUCCAACAGGGGUAAAUCUGGGGAGAGGGUACCCUGCUCAGUCUGCCGAUGCUCCACUGGAUGCCCAGAAGAGAAGGACAGCAGGCCGUUUGCCAGGGCAGAAGAACUGUUUGGCACCACCUCAGAGAGCGACACGUCCACGUUUCACGGCUUUGAGGACGAUGAGCUUGAAGAGCCCUCGUCAAACGGCAAGGGGACAUCCAACCGAUACAGAUAGAGAACAACUUACUAGGUUUAAAGACUAUUUUUAAUAUGGAUAACCUCUAGCAAAAGUCUGCUGCUUCUUUUUAAAUGUUUUUGUUGUUGUUGUGGAAAGCACAAGUGAUUAUUUCAGGAGAGAAAUGCAAGAAGUGUUAUUUUAUUAUCUACUGAACCUUGUUUAAUAAUUUAUGAACAUGUUUUUUAUAUUAACUUUGAAAGCAACAAGAAACAGUGUUUCUUGACAAGUGACUUGCUCUUCAUGUGAAACUGAAGGAAGAAUCACUUCUUGGAUUUUUUCCCCCCUGGAACAGAAAAGGCAAUUAUGUUAUAAACAAACACUGGAACGUGGAUAUCAUUGUAUUGCUCUUUUUGGGAUGAUUUGCCAGUGAAAAUGAAAUUCAAUAAUUUAUCUGAAAUUAAACAACUUAAAUGAUAAACUUGAGUUUGGAUGGGGAAUGAAUGUCAACACCAACCCAUCCCUCGGCUUGUUGAUGUCACUGGAAUCACCAGGCAGUUUGGAAAGAGGAGCUUUUAGAUGACACCUCCACUGCUUCCUUCUCUGGAUUAUAAUAAUGUGUCAAUGAAGGAGUGGAGGAUUGACGUGUGUGGAUGAAGCAGAGGGCUAGGAAAGCAUAACAGAAGCAGGGCAUGGCUAGCUGAAAGGCGUACCAUGGAAUGAAGAUCCAGAGGGCUGUGAAGCCAGUGAGGGGUGAGGUUUAGGACCCUCAACACGGCCUCUACAUACCCCUCCACUGGACUCAAAAAAUCUAUCUAUCUGGCUGACAGUCAGACAACAUACAGCCAUCUAGCCAGCCUGCCUGCCAGCGACCACACAACCCCAUACUCUCUGACUCAGACAUUUUCUCUUUGAAUUUCCCCCCUGAGAAUAUGUAUUGAUUAUCCCAGACGGAACGUAGAAAACGAGUGGCUCCACAUACAGUGAGUCUCUCCUGCACUGCAAUACACUGUGCUGUACGGUACCUAUCCUGUAUAAGGAAAGGUCAGGGCUGUGGUUCUGUGCCCACAGAGUGUGUUUGAACCCUGUGUGUUGCUACUCUACGGCUGUGUCCACCAUGCUCAUGGGAUCCAAUAUGACACUGAGACGUCAUUAACUUCAUCACUGUGCCAGCCUGCGACCCAAUUGGGAACCAGCUCUGACGGCCAUAUUGACCCAGUGACCUGAUUGAACCACUCUGACCUCUAACUUCUGACCCCUGCCAUAGCGACAGUGCUGAACUCCCUCCGUCACUAAUACAACAAAACCUCUGGACUACUUAGACAUGCUCUUUUCUCCUCUCUCUUCUCUUGCUCUCUUUAAUGUCAAACUAAUGUAUAGUUUGCUUUAAUCCAAUCCAUCCUCAUGUUUCAGAAUUGUGCUAUAUUCCUUUGUUUUGAACAGAAUAUUGACAGAUCGGGUUCUUAGUGUCAUUUAAGUGUAUCUGCUGAUUAUUCUGAUGUCUUCUGUUUGUUCUGGCUUUGUUGAUAUGUCUUUCUACAAUACCUACUAUUACUACUACAGUACUACUACUCAGGCAUAUGAUUUGUACUGCUGUUGAUUGUUCUUGUGUCUGCAUAAGGAUGCAGUCAGUAUCAGGCCAUUCUCCCCUGCCUGCCUCAUGAUGUAUUCUAUUGGUCAAAAGGAUAGAAAUAACUGAUGAGGGUAUUGACAAGGAAUCAGAAAGGGCAAUAAAAUAAAAUGAAUGCCACAGAGUUUAGUCAUCACACUAACACAUGUCUAUUUAGCCCAGCUUUAACAAACCAUUGCAAUAACAAAACAUUCUGAACUGUGUCCAACUGAGUUCUUGGGCACAUUACUCCAAUUUCUCUCCUUCCUCUGAUUCCUCAAACACUUUUGUCCAGAAUCACUUAUUGGUAACUGCCAAAAUAAAGAAGAUACAAAGUAAAUGAAGGAUACAAAGUAUAUUGAAAGCAGGUGGUUCCACACAGCUGUGGUUCCUGAGUUAAUUAAGCAAUUAAAACAUCCCAUCAUGCAUAGGGUGAUGUAUAAAAAUGCCCAGUUGCCCAUAUUUUUUAGCUACCAUGGCUAGAAGAAGUGAUUUUGAAAGAGGGGUCUGAAAAGAGCAUAGCUAGAGGGUUAAAAGUGUUUGGGUGUGUGUCCAUGUGUGCAUGCUUGCAUUUUUUAAUGGAUGGGGAUAAGCAAUUGAACACUUAUUGGAGAUUCUGGAGUGGCACCUGAGACAGCGUUUUCCACCACCAUCAACAAAACACCAACAUGAUGGAAUUUCUCAUGGAAGAAUGGUGUUGCAUCCCCCCAAUAUAGUUCCAGACACUUGUAGAAUCUAUAAUCUAUUUGAUCUGUUCUGGCUGUUAGUGGUGUCCAACGCCCUAUUAAGACACUUUAUGUUGGUGUUUACUUUAUUUUGCCAGUUACCUAUACAUGCCAUGUGUACAUAAUGCGAGGAGAGUUAUGUACAAUUGCAGAAGAGCUGUAAAACAAUGUUAUGUGACAUUUUGAUUUGAGUGCUAUAUUAGGCAUAGAUACUUUGUGAAGUGUAAAGGGUGCUUGGGAUAUUGAGCCAAAAACAUGUUGAUGUAUUGUAUAUCUGUCACACAGUCAUGUGUCCUUCCAUGUGGUCAUAUGAGCAAGUUAGUUGUUCCAUUAGCUAAAAUAACCUGAAAAUGCAAGAUAGCAUUUAAAUAGAAAGGAAUGUCUUAAAUGUUGGCACAUUAGACACUCAAUACAGAUUCUUAACACUGAAUUCCCUCAGGGAUACCUUCAUCCACAGUUUCUAGGUCUUUUUUAUGGAUAAUUAUUUUGGUAAUCAGCAACAACCUCCCUAUCAAUUACAUGGUCACCAGUCAUUUUGGAAUGACAACCUGGUACUGAUGUAGGCUCUUAAUUUGACCUUUAUUGUUGCAGCAAAAUAAUCCUACAGCAACAAUUUUGCCUGAUCGGUGGUCAGGCUAUUAACUAGUCAAAAUGAGGCUACAUGAAAAGUGUUAUAUUGUUAAUAUAACUGUGUUAGUGCAGGUUUUCAAUUAAUUAAUCUGCAAAUUCUCAGCAGCAAAAGAGUGAUCAAAUUAAAGUCUUACAUCUGUAUUAACCCGCCUGGAGUCAGCGGAGAGUGUGUGGUUUACGUUUUCUUUCACUGGUGACUUCCUCUAACAAACGGGUCUAGCAUGGUGCACUUCUAAACAACACUCAUUAAAGUCAGUGAUGUCUGUAUAGAAACAAGUGUCAUCACCACCAAUCAUAUAAUCUUGCAUAGCCUGCAUACCUCGUCAAAGACGGCAAUAAACCCAAGAGCUCUCAGCAAGCCUUCCUGAGUUAGCGGGGAGUGCAGGGGUUGGAAUGGAGCCAAGAACAGAUUAAAUGGACUUGACCGGUUUAUCUUCAACUGUAAAUAACUAAAAUCGAGAGAAUUAAGUCUUUGUUUGUUAAACUAUUUUUAUUGUAAUGAAAGAAAAUAAAGAAUGAGACUCCGCCCA